CUACGCUGUAUAUGAAGUAGCGUGUUAGAGCACAUGCCGAAAUUGCCUUUGCACUUUGCGCGAUCAGAUAAAGGCGAUCAGCACUCAUAAGCAAUGCGUUGGUACGUUGACCUCUCUAUAUAAUUAACUGCCCUACUAGCACCAUGCCCCGCUCUAUCUCUGGGGAGCUGCAACGAGCGCCCCAACCCAAGACCAAGUCCGGCUGUUUGACGUGCAAACGAGUGAAAUGCGAUGAAGCCAAACCCAACUGCCUGCGGUGCUCUUCAACUGGUCGAAAAUGCGACGGCUACCAAAAAUCUAGUCCACGGUCUCUAUUUAGGGAUUACCAGCUUCCAUUAUAUUCUCUUCCUGGCCUAGUACGCUCAGAAAACGACCGUGAAACUAGAUCAUUUCAAUACUUCUAUGAACGAACUGUUCCUUCUUUGGCAGGAUAUUGCGGGUCCGCGUUUUGGAACCGGCUCGUGUUACAAGUCAGUCAACAUGAGAAGUCUGUGUGGCAUGCUUUGGUGGCGCUAGGCGCGUUACAUGAGAAUUUUGAAAAGAACGAAGACGGUCCAGCAACGCAGCUCAUUCGGCAGACUCAAGAUUCCUUUGCGAUACAAGAGUACGUAGCUGCAAUACGAGCUCUUCUUAAUGUGUCGGAUAAUUUGGAUUUUAAUCCUUCUACUCCUGCAUUUACGAGUUCUGCUAUGAAUCUGACCGUGGAUGUGUGCUUGGUUUCUUGCAUCUUAUUCGUUUGUUUCGAGAUUCUUUCAGGACACUAUGUGUCCGCCAUCAAUCAUAUCCGCAGUGGCAUGAAGAUUCUUAGAGAGGCAUAUUACGAUCCGCGCUCCGGCACAUAUCGACAUCCUCUCCUUAAACCAUCCACAGUGACGAAGUUAGAAAUGGAGACUUUGCGAAGCAUGUUUUUUCGUCUUCAAAGUCAAACAUUAACUUUAACUCGUAUAGAAACCGAUAAGCCACUUUAUAACAUCAUAGAGCAGCCCAGUCUUGUCCAGAUAGAAAUACCAGAAUGUUUUUCCUCUAUCGCUGAAGCUCGCGACAUUUUCGAGAAUUACGGUUGCCUAUGCUCACAUGAGUAUCACAUUGCCGUGGGCAAGUUAUCAUCGGCCAAAGCAGCCCAUGUUUCGGAUUAUCUAAUUCAGAAGUACACAUUGAUAAUUAAUAAGUGGACAGCAGCUCUAGACCGAUUCGAACAGUCCCGGGGGCAUAACUUGACUACAAAAGAGCAGGUGGGCCUAAAGAUCUUACGAAUGUAUCGACUCCAAACAAUUAUAACACUCGCGUCCGGCCAGUCUGAGAAUUCCAACUCAUUUAAUUGGGACCAGUAUAAUUCAUUAUUUGAGGGAAUCAUAUCAUUAGCUGCGUCAAUAGCCGGGACUAGAUUUGACACGGAUUCUACAUUCUCGACAAAUCUGUUAGAGAAAGGCGAAGGAUUUUAUCUCAAGCCGUCCUUUACUCUCGAUAAUGGCAUAAUCGCACCGCUCUACGACACUGCCGUUCUUUGUCGCGACCCAAUCAUCCGUCGCAAAGCUGUUCAUAUUCUGCGUUCAGUGUCCCGUCAAGAAGGCGUCUUCAAUAGCCACGUCAGUGCAAUGGCUGCCGAGAAGGUCAUCGCUAUAGAAGAAGCUGCGGCUUCCAGGCUUAGUUCUGACUAUCACGACAGCAUUUUAUCUUUAACAACAAUCGUCUCGGACAUGAAUCUAGAGCAGCAAGAUCAUCAAAUCACGAAAUCUUCUGAUGUGCCUAAAAACGUCCGCCUUACGUAUGCGUAUCCGACAGUUGACACUACCAAAAGGGAAUUCUUCUUGACUAUUGGUCAAGAGGAAAUGAGAAAACGGAAAAUGCAUAUCGACAUUCCUUUUCCAGCAGCGACAGCCGUAGUGGAUAUUGAAUUUAAAUCUAUUCAAUGAGCACUUACAUAUCAAGCUAUAUGUGACAAUCCUUAGAUGGUAAAUCAGAAGCAGAUACAAUAUACUAUCGUUAGGUAAUGAUAUGCAUCUAUGAUUCUCAUAUGCAUUUUAAGUGGAACGUGUUUCUAGCGCACUCGAAGCGAACCUGGUCACACUCAAUUUUAUAAGAAUGGGGGGCCAUGGUUGCCACUCAGUUACUUGGCUCAUAUGACCAGCUGAUGGCUGCGUUGAACGUCCUGUAUUUCAACCGCAUGGGCAUUUAAUACAGAUCGAAGCAUUUGAGCGACAUGUGUAAAUGUCUGUUAUCAUUGAUAUAUUACCAGGCUCAAAGAAUAUCCGUGUGCGAGUUUCGAAUUGACUGGAUAGAUGAUCAAUCACUCAAUGUUCAUGUCUCAGAUAGGUUUCUUCGAUCCAAAGAACUAACAUUUGACCAGUAGCAUUGGUUAAUCACACGAGCUUUCAAUUGAUGCAUGUAUUCUUUCUAGAUUAACA